AUGACCAGAGAAUGCAGAGCGGGGUUCGCAUCCAACGGCAGAUGACGCCCCCACAUCAAAGUCGUUGCCUGGUCUCCUCUGCCGCUCCCGCCACGCUCCUCCUCCUCCUCGUCACCGGCGCCGGCGCCGGCCCGCCACCGCUGGUUGGCGUUUCUCCUCAAGACGAGGCGUACUUCGUGCCGCAGGUGAUCGCAUGCAGGGACGGGUCGGGCUCCUUCCCGAGGAGCCGGCUCAACGAUGAGUACUGCGACUGCGCCGAUGGAACCGAUGAGCCAGGCACUUCGGCUUGCCCAGAGGGCAAGUUUUACUGUAGAAAUAUGGGGGAUACUCCACGCAUAGUGUCCUCUUCAUUUGUGAAUGAUAAAAUAUGUGAUUGUUGUGAUGGAAGUGAUGAGUAUGGAAGUGGCACCCAUUGUCCACACACAUGCAGGAGCUUAAAUAACAUUUCUGAAGUGGACAAUGGUGGCAGUGAGCUAUCAGUAGCAUAUUUAAAUGAUCAUAAUGUACUUACUAGUAAACAUACACUCGACAUAGAAGAUCUUAUCCAUAAGCUAAAAGGACUAAGAAUGGCCGUAGUCAUUGAGCUGGGUCUUGCUGUUUGUAUUCUUGUUUUCUGCUUUGCUCGACGGAGCACUAGAACACGGAGGAGACAAUAUAUUUUGAAACGUUAGCUGAGCAGUUGCUUGAAGACGGGCGAUCGGAAGCUCAUAAGCAUGAGCACUUGCGCUGUGAUCGUGCUAAGACAAUUCAAUGCAGGAGAAAUAGCGUGGACAUCUCCCAUAGCGCGUGAGAGGCUCUAUGACUGGUAUCUCCUGCAAAUGUCCUAACAGCUGAAUCUGUUGCAUGUCGAUGUCGACAGGUCGUGAUGGCGCGUCAUAAGCAACAGAUUGAAUUCACAAAGCUCGGUGAACCUCUGGAAGCUGAAUAUUGGAAUUCACAAAAUUCGGUGAUCGUAUGGAAGUUGUAGAUAGACUACGGGCAGGGAUUGCAUGCACCAGAUAGGUUGAGUUCAAAGUUUAUUUUACACGCUGGUUCAAUUAUUGUCUUCUAGAAGGUUACGGCUAGUGUACUGUGUACCCUAUUCCUGGUUAAUGAAAUUGAAAUAUCGAAUAAUGAAUAGACAGAGAAAGUUGAGACAGUUUGGAGAAAGUUAA